CAACAAUACCGGUAACACUGGGAGGGACACAUUAAGUGACUUGAGAAGAACAGGGUUGUCAAUUUUUCUUCUCGCCUUUUUUUUUAAAAAAAAUUAAUUUCAUUCCUUUUUCGCCGCUCUUCCUCUUUUAACCCCUUCUAGCUCUUUUGCUCUUUUGCUCUUUUCUUUCUUUCCUUCGUUCUUUCCUUUCAAACAAACGGAAGGGCAAGAGGUUUUUACCUUGCCAGAAUAUUUUUACUUGGUCAUGACGGGGUUGUAUCGAGCUUCGUCUCAUAUCACACCAGACGCGAUUCACUUUACAACAACGUCAUCAGCCUCAACAGCGCAAACAUCCGCCGGGAUUCAGAGCUUCGACAGCAACGCUGGCCUUCUCGGCGGUAAUGCUCCUUUUGAUCACCCACCUCUGACUACAUUUUUUGUUGUGCCAGAAGGCGGAAACAUGACAACUGGGACAAAACCAUCAAGGGUUCGUAGAAAGAGUGCUCCGGGGGCAGAGACUGUAAAACAUCGCCGCACUAGGUCAGGAUGUUUUACAUGCAGAACACGUCGCGUCAAGUGCGACGAGACGCAUCCUAUUUGUGAACGAUGUCAAAAAGGUGGAAGGGAAUGCACUUAUCCCGAGGUGGUUCCAUCCAAAUCUACGUCGGGGCAGAAGAAUAGACGGGAAAAACCACCUGUUUCGAGGGAAGGGAGUUCGUCCCUUGACGAAUUGGAGGAAGAGGAUGGAUUUGACGAUUACCAGGACGAUGAUAGACCGACUCCUAUAGAAGGGCCAAGGUUAAGGACGUCCGCGAGUCAAGGAUACUUGAGGGGAACCCAACGUCGCGAGUCGUGGCCAUCUUCGUUCGAUCACGGUCGACGCGGCAAGCCUCGGAAAACGGGCUCCUCCGUAGACCCUAGCCCCUCGCCGGGGAAUGACAAUUCGUAUUAUCCUGACUCUUCGGAGCCUGCUUCUCCGGCUACAUCUCUUCGGAGGACGACUUCCCAUGCAAGUCUUCUAACCACCGUAGAAUGGGCGCAUCUUCCCCACGAUAUUGCGUUUUACCUGAACUAUCAUCGACAAAUGCUUACAUGCCACCACUACCUCCUUAAAUCCGACAAUAGUAAUUUUUUUAAAACGACCCUUCUGGAACUUGCUGUGAACAAUGAAGCCCUUCUUUAUGCUGUUGCAGCAUUUUCCUCUUUUCAUUACAGUGUACAUCACAAAACCGGGGUGUUUCAGACGUUCUUGGAAUAUUACAACAAAUCCGUUGGGCUUCUCAGGGUCUCCUUGGAUGAGGAACACACAAUGUCAACCAUCGUCACCAUCCUUCAAUUGGCUAGCUUUGAGGAAUAUCUUGGGGAUUGGAUGAAUCUUAUGGAGCAUCGAAACGCAGCAACGAAAAUCUUAACAGCAUUAUGGACCCCAGAGACCAUGUCCGAGACGCCUCAACGACGAAUGGUAUUUAAUUGGUUUGCUCAUUUUGAUGUAUUGGUUGCCAUGAUGGCAGGACACCGGACCACUGUGGACAGCCAAUGGACCGAUUUCAACAGGCAAGCCGUUCAUAGGGAGACCGAAGUAGACCCAGAUAGCAUCAGCCUCAAAGUUGAGAAUGCAUCCUGCGAGUUUAGAGACCUCGCUAUGGAUAUCUCGAUAUUGACUGCCAAACGGUCUCAAGGGCUUAUAAUCAUGGAGGAUUUUCUAAUAGAGUCUGCCAGGCUAUUACAGGCAUGCAAAUCCUGGUUUGAGUCGCUGGAUCCGGCGAUCGUGAGUGGAGCUGAGAAAGUUUCAAGGAAGGUCAGCACUAUUGCGGAGGACGAUUGUCCUUUUGAGCCUGCGGCUAUCUACAAAGGGAAUAAAUGGGCGGUUAAUUUCCUCGUGUGCGACUAUUACGGCUUGAUUAUUAUGCUUAAACACCAAAUUGCUCUCACAAACGGUACAGGACCAGAGGUGUCCUUGCAGGAUUUGGCCAUAAAGAUUUGCAAUGUGUUGGCUGCUGUUGAGGUGUAUCCAGAUGCUCCUUCCGGUGCACUGUUGUCAGCCCAGGCCCCACUGGGUCUUUCGGCUCUUUGGAUCCCCAACAACAAACGAUAUAGGAGAUGGAUUCAGAAGCAAUUGGCCAAGAUCGAGCAGAUGGGGUAUGCGAUAUUCGGUGUUUCCAAUGUGGUCUCGGUUGCUAACGGCGGAUUUAAUAGUUUUGUUUACCCACUCGCCUUCCGUAAUAGAAUGUCGGAAAUCUGGAACGACCCCCAGCUGAAGCACACCUGGAUAACCAACAACACCGAGACGGCCAUCGGUAUGUCCAUCCGGCAGUUAGUUGACAUGCGAGACGCGGAGUUUCCUAAGGACUCCGCCAGGCACGAUAUUAAGGAGAUGAGAGCCUUGCUCACGGAGAUGCGAUUAGAUUCUAAAGGCUCUGGUUCACUGCCGACUCCGGAUUCUGAAGCCUCCCCCGUUAGUAGCUCUGAUAUCAUUGCGACUGGCGGAGAUGACCAAUCUUUUCACCCUGCAGUUCAGGGUACUGAGCGCCAAUGGCCUUGA